AGCCCGCGGACACGUGUGCGCACCCGGAAGCGGCGGCGGGACCGGCCCGGCCCGGCCGGAGGCCACGAUGAUCCCGGGGCUGGGCCCGGCGCUGCAGGCUCUGCUGGGGACUCUGCUCACCUGGGCCCUGACAGCAGCUGGGUCAGCGCUGGUGUUCGUGUUCUCCAGAGGCCAGAGGCGGAUCCUGGAUGGGAGCCUGGGCUUUGCUGCAGGGGUGAUGCUGGCAGCCUCCUACUGGUCCCUGCUGGCCCCGGCCAUCGAGCUGGCCCAGGAAUCCGGGACCUUCGGGGCCUUCUCCUUCUUCCCAGUGGCUGCUGGCUUUGCCCUGGGGGCAGCGUUCGUGUAUGGGGCCGACCUGCUGCUGCCAGAGCUGGGGUUCCCUGGCCCUCCCCACGCCGCCCUGGCCCUGAGCUGCGAGCAGAGAGCCCUGAAGGAGAAGCAGGAGCAGGAGCAGAGCCCUGGCUGGGAUUUCGGGAGCAGCAGCAGCAGCAGCGAGCUGGCCAUCAGGAUAGGUAGAGCUGGGCUGCAGCCAGACAAGGCUGAGAACGGGGAGCCCUACCAGAGGAGGAGAGGAGCGGUCCCCCUGCCCGAGAGCCCCCCAGCAUUCCCAGCACCCCAGGACGGAGCCCCCCUGGCCAGGAGCAGCAGCUGGAGGAGGAUUUUGCUGAUGAUCCUGGCUAUCACCAUCCACAACAUCCCAGAGGGCCUGGCAGUGGGAGUUGGCUUUGGAGCUGUCGGGAAAUCCCAGUCUGCCACAUUCCAGAGCGCCAGGAAUUUAGCCAUUGGGAUUGGGAUCCAGAACUUCCCAGAGGGCCUGGCUGUCAGCCUGCCCCUGCGUGGCGCUGGGUUUUCCACCUGGAAAGCUUUCUGGUAUGGGCAGCUGAGUGGGAUGGUGGAGCCCCUGGCCGGGCUCCUGGGCGCCUUGGCCGUGGUGCUGGCGGAGCCGCUCCUGCCCUACGCGCUGGGGUUCGCUGCUGGAGCCAUGGUCUACGUGGUGAUGGACGACAUCAUUCCCGAGGCACAGACCAGCGGCAACGGGAAGUUGGCAUCCUGGACCUCCAUCCUGGGCUUUGUGGUGAUGAUGUCCCUGGAUGUGGGGCUGGGCUAGGGCAGAGCUGCAUUCCCAGGAGGACACAGCAGAGCCCCGCGCCGCGGGACCGGAGCCGCACACGCCUUGGCCCGGGACUGGAUCUGUACAUAGAAUUUUGGGAUCUGGUUUGGUGUUGAUUUCCUCUGAUUUUGUAUCUCCCCCUCCCCUCUGAGUUCCUGGCGAUGGUUUCCAAGCACAAAUACGGGUGGGUCCUCCCAGAUCCUGGUUUGGUUUUCCUCCUGGGAGGGGCGUUGGAUGACGCUGGGCUGGUUUCUCCAGGGAAAGGCAUUUGGGAUUUUGAUCCUCUCUGUUCUGUCAGAGGUUGGGAAUUCCCUGUCCCGUGUGGAGGCUGGUCUGGGGUCUUGAAAUGGAGUAAUCUCCUUAUGGAGUGUGGAAUUGCACCCUUUUUUGGGAAGGUUGAAGGCAUUAGGACUGUGAUGAGCCAUGGGAUCUCAGGUCCUCCACAUCCUGCUGCCCCUCAGGAACACUGCAGGGAAUUGGUUUGGAUGCAUGGAGGUAGUCCAGGCAAAUAAAGGUGAAUUUUCUUGGGAUCUCUGCAAGAGGGAAAUGUCAUUUUUUUCCUAAAUGUGUCUCAGAGGAGCACUGCUCCAAUGUGCUGUGUCCAAUUCUCCGGGGUUUUCUAUGGGAAUAAAACCCCAGGAAAGGAGGAUUUGAGUUCUCCAGGCAAUUCCAUGUGGAGGUGUCUGGGCUUCCCAAGGGAUUCUGGAUUUCAGCUGCUGCUUCCAGCGAUCAGAACUCCCUGGAGGGCCAAGCCAGGGUUCUCCUGCUCACCCUUCCCCUGCAGGAAGGGCAGGAGCAUUCCGGGAUGAAUGGAUUAAUUAACCCCUCAGGAUGAAUUAAUUAUCCCACUGGAGAGCCACAACCAUGCAUGGCCAUUCCUGCCUCUUCUCCUGAUGCUUCCCACGCAUUUCUUGUGGAAUGGCUCCUCCUGAGCAGUGAGGAUUGAUCCUCAGCCCUGGGUUGAGCAGGCUGAGGGGUGACUCCUGCCCAUCCCCGUGCCCAGGCUUGGGAGGAUGCUGCGAAUCCCAGCUCCCCCUCGCUCCGAUCUCCAGCACACAGGGCUUCCCUAAACCCUGCUGUGGGAUUACCUGGAUCACCUGGCUGCUCCUGCUGCUCAGUCCCUCUGGAAUUGGGGCUGCCAUGUCCUGGAUCCCCCUUUGGUCCCACCGGAGCCAAAGGGAACGGGCUGGAAUAAACUGAGCUCUCCAUUUGGUUCAGUCCUUGGUUUUUUUUUUUGGAUAGAUUUCCUUUGUGUGUCCCGCUGGAUGAUCCAAAGCUCCUGUUUGCUGAUGGAUUUGACCUUUUAA